AACUUGACGGCGAGAUCAUUAAACAGCUGUUGAUCUUUCUAUACAGUUGUGAUUUAUUAGUAUAAUUAUUAUUAUUAUUAAAUUUUGUUAAAACUUGUUUAUGCUUUUGUUUGUUUUAUAAAAAAGUUUAUUUUUAUUAAUCAUCAAUAUUAUUUGAUCAACAAUGACUGAUAAAACUGAUUGCUUUGAAAAGGAUUGUUCUGUUCGAGUAGCGAUUCGGAUCCGACCACAAAACUCAAGAGAGAUUAUUGAUAUGUGUCGAAUAUGUACAAGUGUUGUGCCUAAUGAGCCGCAAAUAAUUAUUGGACUAGAUAAGGCUUUUACCUAUGAUUUUGUUUAUGAUACAAAAUCAACACAAGUGGAUGUAUAUGAUGGAUGUGUGCUUCGUCUUGUUGAAGGAGCCUUACAUGGUUUAAAUGCUACAGUAUUAGCAUAUGGACAAACUGGCUCAGGUAAAACUUACACUAUGGGCUCAGGAUUUGACUAUGAAUUAUCCGAACAACAACAAGGUAUAAUACCCCGUGCUGUUCAUCAUAUAUUUUCCAGAAUUGAAGAUAAUAUUCAACUUAACCCAGAUAAUGCUAAUACAGAAUUUAGUGUUGCAAUCCAGUUCAUUGAAUUAUACAAUGAAGAAAUAAUCGAUCUUUUAGACCCAUACAACAAGAAAAAAAAUUUUAAAAUACAGGAAAAUGAAAAUGGACAAAUAUCAAUAGUAGGUGCAUCAAUAAAACCAGUUCAUACACCAGCGGAUGCUUUAAGAUGUCUGCAGCAAGGUGCUUUAGCCCGUACAACUGCAUCCACCCAAAUGAAUGAUCAGUCAUCUAGAUCCCACGCAAUAUUUACAAUUUUAAUAAGAAGGCAACGUGUUAUUACAUCGGGAAGUGAAUUCGUAAAGGAUGACCUCGAAACAUUAACAUCAAAAUUUCAUUUUGUUGAUUUGGCGGGAUCAGAAAGAAUGAAACGUACUGGAGCUACAGGCGAGAGGGCACGUGAAGGUAUUUCAAUUAACUGUGGAUUAUUGGCAUUAGGAAAUUGUAUUUCCGCAUUGGGAGAUAAAACAAAAAAAACUUUACAUGUUCCGUAUAGAGAUUCUAAACUCACCAGAUUACUUCAGGACUCAUUAGGCGGUAAUAGUCAGACAAUUAUGAUUGCAUGCAUAUCACCAAGUGAUUGCGAUUUCAUGGAAACUUUAAAUACUCUGAAGUAUGCAAAUAGAGCCAGAAACAUUAAAAAUAAAGUUCAAGUAAACCAGGAUCAAAAUUCCCGCACAAUUUCCCAGUUACGGAGAGAAGUGGCGUCACUUCAAUUAGAACUUUUAGAAAUAAAACAAGUAAGUAAAAAAUUGUUUUGUUUUUCGAAUAAAACCCGUCUAACAAAUAGGAUUUGAACUUACACAUAAAACUAAUGAUUACAACUAAUGAUUUUCACAUAGAAAUUUUCUUUUCUGUUUGUGUUCGUGAUGCACGAUCAAAUAAAAUGAGCACAUUGAGAAAAUGUAACUGUUUAAUGUUUUAUGCUAUUCAGCAACAUCAGUGUAUUGUAUAGAUAGUAGUUAUUCAGCAAUAGCAUUUAUACCUAUGGGGAAUUUCGUAUCAAUUGACCCAACUUUUAAAAUCGAUGUCUUCCGAUUUUUGCACCAAGGUUAAUACUAUGGGAUAGUAAGACAGACACAAAGUCAAAGUUGGACAUUUUGUUCAUACAGGGUUUUAUUCAAAUGAGUGUAACUUUUCACCUAUUACUGAAAUUGGACAAAUUUGUCCAAUGGAAUUCAGAUAGCCUUCAUUGUUUCUAAAAAAAGUACAAUUUUUUUAAUUUUUUUUUUAAAUGGGCUUCUUUUGAGUAAAAAAAUACAACAAAAACGUCCAAAAAUAGGGAAAAUUAAGUUUCAAAUAUUGAAAAAAUUUUAUUCAUGAGUUAAAAAAUAUAUUUUUUUUGAUAGAUAUUCCACUCGCAUCAUAUUAUGGGACUAAAAAGCCCUUAAAGGAAAUUGUAUAAACUUCCUUUUAAUAAAAAAAUGGCCCAUUUUGAAAAAAAUAAAAAAAAAAUAUUUAAAAUAAUUUAAAAA